AUGCCUAUGACUGGGUCAGCCAGUAGCUGUGCAUCUCAGUCUUCAGACAACGGAUGUACACGGGACUUUCUGACUGGCCUCGUUGACCAGGUUCUUGGUUCUAUGGUGGCAAAGGAUCCUUACAGCCUCCCGCUGGCAAGUACCUAUAAGGCGACCGAGAACUCGCAUCCCGCAGCGCUCAGCUUCAUGACGUCCUGGAGGACUAUCACCAAAGCAAGCUCACCCAGCAUUCUGGCACUCGACACUACGCAAUGCGCAGCAUACUUCGCACUCGAUAUUAGCGAAGGCUCUGAUGAGACCCAGUCAGUUCUCAGAGGUCGAGUUCAGCUAGCCGAUCAGCGUAUUACUGAGCUGGAGCUGUUCAUCAACCGCAACCGUGGCGACCACGGCUUCUCGUUCUCUGCCGAGCAACUUCCGGCCAACAGUGGCGUCUUGAUGAACCCUCCGGCUAAUCGCACCAAGCCGAGCCGGGCGACUCUACAGGCUCUGAGCCAAGCACUUUUUGCCAAAUCGAGCGACUUCGAGGUCAGCGUCAGCGAUAGCUGUCAAUUUACUGAGAUAGGCUGGAAAGUAAUUGACACAGGAGUCUACGGAAAUGGCUCGUCAAUACCGUUGGGCUGCUCUUGGCCCGUCGAUCACCCAACUGAUGACAACGCACGCGUUGGCUUGGUUAUAGAUGAAGAGCUGGGCUUCGUCCUGACUAGCGGUAUAGUUCCGGGCAAAGUCUAUCCAUAUUAUGGGAAUAUUUCUGCGUUCAUUCCCAACGAUAUGACUCCACCCCAGGAAGCACAAGAGGCGUGGAUAAAGGAGGUUAAAGCACAGAGUAACAUUCCGCUACUCACCCCCACCGAAGCGACAGGGGACACUCUUGAACUGCUCCAGUAUUAUGACGAUGAGCUUCAGGCUAUGCAGAUUAAUGUAUAUCUAAGUGGACCGAAUGCCACAUCAGUAUGGCUGUAG